UGAGGCAUGUUUUCAUCAGUGGGGGGUGGAUUGUGUUUGUGUGUGGAAGUGUCAGGCACGUUGACUGUUCCUCAUCUUGUUUCUUGCAGUUCAGUAAUAGUGCACCCGUCUGCAGUUCAUGCCGUUUGGCUCAGACUCUGAAACUGUGAUUUCUUUUCCACUGCUUCAGGUGCCAGUGAGGUCUUUAUCCCAAAGCUGGUGUUGGUUACUGCAGAAACACCCUGUGGAUAGCGGAACUUAUUUAUAGUCACGUAAUCACACCCACUGGGGACCUAAAAAAAAUGGAGAACCAAACAUCAGCAAUGAGCGAGGACCUCCAUGUGAACUGCAGUAUGUCUGGAAGACACGGCUUCAUCUUCACCUUCAUCCCUGUAGUCUACGGAUGCAAUUUUGUCAUCGGGAUCAUUGGCAAUAGCAUGGUCGUGGCUGUCAUAUUCCGCUACAUGAAGCUAAAGACAGUAGCAAAUGUGUUUGUGCUCAACCUAGCCAUAUCAGACCUCACCUUCCUUAUCACGCUGCCAUUGUGGGCCACUUUCACAGCCACAGGUUACCACUGGAUUUUUGGGGCCUUUCUGUGCAAGGCAAGUGCUGGAAUGGUGAUCUUCAACCUCUACACUAGUAUAUUCUUCCUUACUGCUCUUAGCAUUGACCGAUAUCUUGCUAUCGUACAUCCGGUGCGCUCCCGACGCCAGCGCACACUUUUUUACGCCAACCUCACAUGUGUACUCAUAUGGCUGUUUGCUUUGCUCCUCAGUGCGCCUACUGCGCUAAGCAGGGAUGUUUAUGACAUUGGGAAUUUGACAUUGUGCGCCGUGUGGCACAGCAGCAAGCAGAUCCAUUUUCUAGUUACUCUUAGCGUGCUAAAAAGCGUGCUAGGUUUCAUUGUGCCUUUCCUCAUCAUCUUCACCUGCUACUGCCUCAUUGGUCGGGCUCUUCUGGGAUCCAGGGGUCUGUUGAGGAAAAGCGUUCGCUCCCGGGAGGAUGAAACGUUACGGAUGAUUGCCGCCACCGUGCUCGCUUUCUUUGUUUGCUGGGCUCCUCACCAAGCUUUCCACUUCAUGGAGCUGCUGGCCACGCUUGGCGUGGUGGAAAACUGCCAAACGCUGGAUGUUAUUGACACAGCCAUGCCGUUCACCAUCUGCAUCUCCUAUUUAAACAGUUGUGUAAACCCCAUUCUUUACGGAUUUGUUGGACACAACUUUCGCAAGAACCUACUGAGGUUGCUAAGCUGUGGGUCCGGAGAAGCUAGCAAUCGCUUUAGCAUCAACUCAAAGAUUGAUGUCAACUCCCAUUGUAACUCGGGACUGCUCAACCAAACAAGCUCUAAGAAUGAUUCAGCUUCCAUGGUUAAGGCAUCUUAAGAGUUAAAAAGCAUACCUUUAAUAUUCAUACAUGCUUUCUGGAGGGAUUUUGAGGUACUACAAGAUACAACAUUCGUGGCCAAAGCUUUACAGAAGCUUGCUAAGCAUAAUGAUUUUGUUUAAGUUAGUGUAUCAGCAACACACUGUAUCUACAGACAUUGCCCCUUUUGAAAAAAGAAGUACACUUGUUAAAAGUACUUAUUACAGAAGUAGACGAACAUAUUAGCCAUGACACUGGAUGUAACAGACACAAAACUGUAUAUUAUUUCAAGAGUUCACACUUAUAUUGCGUGAUAAUAUCAGCAAGUUUGACAUGCUGUAGCGCACAGGUGUCAAACUCAGUUCCAAAAGGGCCGCAGCUCUACACAGUUUAGUUCCAAUCCUAAUUAAACACACCUGAUCAAACUAAUUGAGUCCUUCAGGCUAGUUUGAAACCUACAGGUAAGUGUGUUGGAGCAGGGUUGGAACUAAACUGUGCAGGGCUUUGGCCCUCCAGGAAUUGAGUUUGACACUCCUGCUGUAGCGGGAGUAAACCCUAAACUUGGAGAUAAUUGAGCCCAGGGCUCUUGCCUGGUCGAAAAGCAUGUAAGGGGCUACGAGAUGAGACAGUUCUCAAGAGCUUCCCCUAGUAAAAGAGGAAAGGGGGAAGAAGGGGUGGAUGGGUUUUUUUAAAUACGAAAAUAAGGGAGUAGUUUUAGACUGGCUACUUAUAGUGAGUUCGGAUUAAUCUGAUUGGUUUACUAAUGAUUGGGGUUGGGUGACCAGCCACAAUCAACUAUAUCACGUGCUCCUCUCGAAAUUAGUUUGUGAAACUUCACUUACAAUCAAACAAACAUUUCUGCCAAGGAUCAAUUCGCAUUUCAAACUCAGUUCAUACGGCAUCACAAGUCACCACUGGUGUUCCUCAAGGAUCAGUUUGGGCCCUUUUUAAUUUACAAUUUAUUUAUUCCCUCUUGGCCAUAGGAUGCAAGUAAGAUGUACAGCUGAAUUCAUAAUUAUCAGCCCCCCUGAAUUAUUAGCACCCUUGUUUAUUUUUUCCCCUUUUUCUGUUUAACAGAGAGAAGAUUUUCUUCAACACAUUUCUAAACAUAAAAGUUUUAAUAGCUUAUCUCUA